AUGGCGUGGCUAGGUCAGCUUCUUUGCCGUCUACUAGCGGACGCCAAAGAGUUUCUGUGGGCCAGCCCCAAUGGUUGCCCUCUUUGCCGUCUGCUAGCACACGGCAAAGAAGGCCCACUUAACGGGCGGCUCCAUCGUCUCCCCCUCUCUCUCUCUCUUUCUCUCUCCCUCCCGCGCGCCCGCCUCUCACCUCCUGUCGCCGCCGCCGCAGUCGCCGCCGCCGGCCCACCCCGCCCCCAGGACCCAGCCCCCGCCGCCGGCCAGCCCCGCCACCGUCCCGCACCGCCGCAGCAGGAGCCAGGCCGCGGCGGCCGCCCCGCCGCGCCCCGUCGCCGGACUCCUCCCCUGCGCCGCCCCACCGCCCCCCGUCGCCGGGCUCCUCCCCUGCGGCGCCCCGCCCCCAGGACCGAGCCCCCGCCGCCGGCCAGCCCCGCCGCGGCAGGAGCCAGGCCGCGGCGGCCGCCCCGCUGCGCCCCGUCGCCGGAGUACUCCCCUGCGCCGCCCCGCCGCGCCCCGUCGCCGGACUCCUCCCCUGCGCCGCCCCACCGCCCCCCGUCGCCGGGCUCCUCCCCUGCGGCGCCCCGCCCCCAGGACCGAGCCCCCGCCGCCGGCCAGCCCCGCCGCGGCAGGAGCCAGGCCGCGGCGGCCGCCCCGCUGCGCCCCGUCGCCGGAGUACUCCCCUGCGCCGCCCCGCCGCGCCCCGUCGCCGGACUCCUCCCCUGCGCCGCCUCGCCCACCGGCCGACCUCACCGGAGCAAGGUUAGUGUUUAG